AUUGGCAUCGAUCCUGGAGUCGGCUCCAUAUUCACGGCGGUCAUCCAAGCACCGGGCCACCAAGACGAGAUGGUCUCGUUCUCCAAUGGCCACUACCAGCACAUGUGUGGCCAUACGUCCAACACCAAGUGGCACAAUAUCAUGAAGUAUCGACUCAGCAUCGAGACCUGGAUGUCGACCACCCCCUCGCCCAAGGUGUCGUCCUCGGAGGCUUUCAAGAUCCAUCUCACCCAUGUCCUGCGACCGGAGCUGCGAGUGCAGCUCGACUUCCACCUCGGCAAGAAGUCUCGCCACCAUCGCUUCACGGGCCACAAGAGGCGCCAAGUGGCCGUCGACAGGAUG